AAAGUCACCAUCAUCCGUGAAGAACAAAAACUGCGAAUGAAAAGUGAUUUCGGGGUGUAAAAUUGAAACCUUUUCAUGUGAUUUAUGAUUUUGUGAAUUUGUGUUUGUGCAAAAUUCAUUGUAGACUGUGUUUAUAUAGUAUUUUUGGAGCAAAGUUCCCAAAAAAACGUACCGCUUGGUAGUAAUAUGAGUAAUGUUACCAACCAAAAUGGAACAGGUCUAGAGCAGCAGCUUGCUGGUCUGGACUUGCAGCCUCAGGCUCCUAAGAGUACCAGCCGUUACAUCCCUCCGCAUCUGCGUAGGCAGUUGGAUGCUAAAGGUGAAGAGCCUAAGCGUUCUAGCUUAGACAGUCGUCCUAGCGACUCACGGGACAACCGUUCAUCAUUCGGAGGCAGCUCUAGAGGCUACGACCGUGGUGGUCGGCGCGACGACCGCGACCGUGACCGCGACCGGGACUACGAUCGCGGCUACGACUCGCGAUACCCGCGCAGGGACCGCGGUCGUGACAGUGGAUAUCAGAAUGGUGACUCCGAACGGUGGCCGGAGCCAGAGCGCUGGGGCAGCGGCGGAGGCGGAGGCGGUAGCGGCGGCGGCGGCGGCAGCGGCAGCGGCGGCGGUGGCGGCGGCGGCGGCGGGUCCAGCAAUUCUGGCGGCCACUCCACUAGCGGCGGCGGCUCGGGCGGGCGCUCGAUGCCGUCGCGCGACAUCCGACGCGACGACGACUACCAAGAGCCUCCUCCGCCGCGCAACGACCGCUGGAAGGAGCCGGAGCCGCGCGCCGAGGAGCGGUCACAGUCGCGCUGGGCGUCCGACGACGUGCGACGCACCUCGUCGCGACGGGACGAGAACGACUGGACAAUCCCGCUACCUCGCGACGAGCGGCAGGAGUUGGAGCUGUUUGGCACUGGCAACACAGGCAUCAACUUCUCCAAAUACGAGGAUAUACCGGUUGAGGCCAGCGGCGAGAACGUACCGGACUACAUUACUAGCUUUGAGGAUGUUAACCUGACGGAAAUAAUGCGCUCGAACAUAACGCACGCCCGCUACGACAAGCCCACGCCGGUGCAGAAGUACGCGAUACCGAUAGUGCUGGGCCGGCGAGACGUCAUGGCGUGCGCGCAGACCGGCUCGGGCAAGACGGCUGCCUUCCUCGUGCCCAUCCUCAACCAGAUGUACGAAGCUGGGCCCGUUAAGCAGCCGUUUAACCGACGCAAACAGUAUCCCCUCGGACUGGUGCUUGCGCCAACUCGCGAGCUCGCUACACAGAUAUUCGACGAGGCCCGGAAGUUCGCCUACCGCUCGCGUGUGCGACCGUGUGUCGUAUACGGCGGUUCUCCAAUAAUGGACCAGUUCCGCGAACUAGAACGUGGUUGCCACCUGCUGGUCGCCACGCCGGGUCGCCUCGUGGACAUGCUGGCUCGCGGCCGCGUGGCGUUGGACCACUGCCGCCAUCUUGUGUUGGACGAGGCCGACAGAAUGUUGGACAUGGGUUUCGAGCCACAGAUCCGCAAGAUCGUGGAGUGCCACACCAUGCCCAAGACGGGCGAGCGCCAGACGCUCAUGUUCUCGGCGACAUUCCCGAAGCAGAUACAAGUCCUCGCACAGGACUUCCUUUAUAAUUAUGUUUUCCUCGCCGUUGGUCGUGUUGGCUCUACUUCGGAGAAUAUCACCCAAAAGGUGGUAUGGGUAGAGGAGCAAGACAAACGAUCCUUCCUACUCGAUUUAUUAAACGCAUCGAACUUGCUGCAACGUCAGCCCGAUGAAGACCAGCUUACCCUUGUCUUUGUUGAAACCAAGAAAGGAGCCGAUCAGCUGGAGGAGUUCCUGGACGCGGACGGGUACCCCGUGACGUCCAUCCACGGCGACCGCUCGCAGCGCGAGCGCGAGGAGGCGCUGCGUCGCUUCCGCACCGGACAGACUCCCAUUCUAGUCGCCACGGCUGUUGCCGCCAGAGGCUUGGAUAUACCUCACGUGCGUCACGUGAUCAACUUCGACCUGCCGUCGGACGUGGAGGAGUACGUGCACCGCAUCGGUCGUACCGGCCGCAUGGGCAACCUCGGCGUCGCCACGUCCUUCUUCAACGACUCCAACCGCGGCCUGGCGCGCGACCUGGUCGAGCUGCUCGUCGAAGCGAAGCAAGAUGUUCCUAACUGGCUCACGAGCGCGGCCGUGGACGGUCGCUCAGGCGGCGGCGGCAGACGCGCGGGCGGCAGUCGCUCCGGCGGCAGCCGCUACGGCUCGGGCAGCGGCUUCGGCGCGCGCGACUUCCGUACGCAGCCGCGUCAGGCGCCGCGGUCGGCCGGACCCUCCACUAUUGGCGGAGGCUUCGGAUAUGGCGGUGGUUCUUACGGCGGCAACUACGGCAGCUCGUACAGCGGAGGCGGCGGCGGCAACAGCGGAGGCACCGACUGGUGGGACUCCUAAACGCACCGCACACCGCCCGCCGCGCCGCGCCCACUGUGGAUCACCUACCUUACCUUUGCCGUCAUAUUAACGCGUCUCAUGUCUGCUGUUCACAUAUGCCUAUGUGUGUAAUAAUUGUUCUAUUUAUGAAAGGUUUUGUUUUGAGUUGUAGGGUGAUGGCAUAAACGUAGGGUGGGGUGUGUAUUUUGAAGAUUGAAGGAAUAAUCAGAACAUUUAGAAGCGCAGUUAUUAAAUUAUUUAGAUUGACACAUAGUAUAAUCCUUUUCAUGAAACAGGUUCUCCAGACGUGGCGCUAAUACUUUAAAUUCUUUACAAGUUAUUCCUUGACUACACUCGCUAACCUGAUGGUAUGAAAUCUAAGAUGGAAGCGGGCUAACUUUGUUACAAGUUGGAUGAAAAUCCACACCCAUUACGGUUUCUACACGACAUCGUACUGGAACGCAAAAUCGCUUGGAGGUACGUUUUUGCCGGCAGGGUGGUAACUAGCCAUGAUCGAAGCCUCCCACCAGCCUGACCUGGACCAAUUAAGAAAUCCUGAAUCGGCCCAGUCGGGAUCGAACCGUCCUCGAUCGAACCAGGACCUCCGUCUUGUAAAUACACUGCGCACACCACUGCGCACCACGGAGACCAUCAAUACAAUAAUUACAUAGUAACCAACGAACCGUUGCUUAGCAAACACUUUCAAACCCUACCCUACCCUACUAUUACAAUAAAAACAAAAUCUUUUUUAUAAAAACAGAUUGUCUAUACUACUCUUGAAAGUCUAGAGAAGGUUCUUUGGACGACUUAAUACAAUAUUUGUCCAAGCACUCUUCUCUCGAUUUUGCCCAAUAACAAACAAUUAUGGUACAAAAUAUACACACAUUGGCACAUGUGAAUAGUUAACAUAUGUAUGUUCCACGUAAAAAAUAAACAAAAUUAGAUUAUGAUGUCCUAAAUUAAAUUUUUUGUUGAUACAGGCCAAAUCAACAUCUGCAGCGCUAUUUUGUAACGAUGUUUUUGUAAUUCGCUAGCGCGAGUAUCAAAUUCGCCUGUUUCUUUGUCUAACACGUUAAUAUAGACAGAGAGCGAUAGAUGUGUGAACGAACGAACUGUCGAAAUGAUAAAAACAUCGUCACAGAAUAGCGCUUCUAAUUUUAGGGUACGUCCUGAGAGACCGCGUAAGCGGAAUCCGCUACGCACGAAGACAACGCACCCGCUCGCACUCAGGGCAAAAGUUAUCUAAUGUAUUAAAUACUCUGCAUACGCUAUACGCCGUUACUUAGGAUGUGCACUUAAGGUCGUCACUCACCAGAAUCAAUAGAUUUUAUUGUAUAAAUCAUUUUAUAUUGUUAUUAUUAUUAUUUAGCAAUAACAGCACACUCUAUAAUAGCGCUCUCUCUUUUAUAUGACAGAUAUUUCAACUCUGUUUUGUUUGACAAUCUAUUUCUCUUGACGAAAUAUGUCGUUGACAUGCUAUGUCUAAUGAAGAGUGAAGAUUGAAUUAUUAUUCGAUAGUGACAAACUGCCAUUAGGCUAUACCAGGGUUUCUAAAACUUACUAACUAAUGGAAACACCAACCCACCUCAAAUAAAAAAAAAUUUGACUGACUGUUGAAGAAAAUAAGGUUUUUAUUUGAAUAAAAGGUACAUAAAGCACCAAAAGAAAUGUCUUUGUAAUAUUAAUGUCAUGGGUGUGCUUGUUUCUUGUCGCAAAUGUUUUCAAUGUUAGGAAUAAUUUUGGACAAUUUCAACCUUAAUUCUCACUUGGUAUCAGUUAUUAAGCCACCUUACAAAUUAUAUCUCGGGGAGGGGCCCUGUUCAUUGCUGCAUUUACUGGUAAAUAGUAUUGUUACGUUUCCUAACUUGGAAAUAUAGCUAUUACACACGCGAAUAUUCCGGUGAGUGAUCAACUUUAUAUGCGUCUGUGUGCAACCAAUUGUGCUUGUGUAGUGUCUAUGAAACGAAAGUCAUGACUUUGAAAACUGACUGAAAAGGACUGUGUUUAUUCAUGGACAAUGCACAAGCACAUGUCAAUAUGUUGUGGCGCUAAAUAAAAUUUAUGUAUACUAUUACUCUUUUGAUUUGGCCUUACAUUGAAUUUUUUCUAGUAAAGAAACACAAAACAAAAACUAAAUUUAAACUUUUAAUUAAAAAAAUAUUAUUAGCUAUUGAUUAAGGUUUUGUGUAUGUUAAAGUUGUUUUGUGGUAUCAUUAAUAUUUAUUAGUAACAAGAAACAUGUUUUGUAUGAAAAUUUUGUUUAUGGUUCAGACUAUAAAACUAUAUUUGGCCGAUCAACAAAUAAAGUACAAGUAUGACCAGUUUGUGGUUGCAUCCAAGUUUGCAAACAGCAUCCUAUUAAAUGCAUAAAAGAAAGAAAGAAAGAUCUAUAUUUUCAAGUAAUGCCAUAUACCACAUUAUUAAAGUCUAAAAUAUUAUAUAACGACUUAAAUGUCCACUUAAACAGUGGAGGCAUAAAAGAAUGCCCUGCGAUAUGUGGUAUAACCUAGAAAAAAGAUAUGAAACAUGACAGUCUACGUCCAAAAAAUAGUACAAUUAUAGCAAGAUAAGUUUGCGCGUGGCCUAAAUCGGAACUCAUCAAAAGUGCCGCUGUCUUGUCGUCUAUCUCUAUCUAACGCUUGACGGGUAAAAGAGAUCACUAACGCUGGCAACAUAAUUGCGCCGCCAGUCGUGCCAGACUUCUCUUUCGCGCACUCUAGUUACCAUCAUGGAAAGAAUAUUUAGACAGUGAAUUAACGUUUUGACACAAUUACUGUGGGGAUACGUCCCUUGCAAGUUAUUUAUUAACCAACUUUCAAAAAAGGAGGAGGUUGUUCGGCUGUAUGUACUAGACGUCACUUAACUUGAGGUGAGAUUGAAUUCAAGUACUAAUUUGUUAAUUAAAAUCAUUUUUUGUGAUUUGUAGGACGUUAAACUUAAAUGCAACUACCAACUCAUUGUUUGAAUAUGCAUACAUGUGCAAAUAAAGAGCGGUUAUGACGUACUUUAUUCGAAUUUGCGUGGAUUUGAUAUGACGGCAAAACCUCAUAAUAAGAAACAACCCGAGUCACAACGCUUACACUCAAAAUUGUCAUUGUGAUACCCCGAGGUAUCUCAAGGGCACAACCUUAAGCAUCGUCCCAUAAAUUGUGCCACAUUUGUGUCCGUACACUUUUGAACUCUGAAUACACAGUCCGAUUCCUGGAAACUCUGGAAGUUGCCGCACAAAGUAGCUUAAUGGAAACGAGUUGACAUGGAAUCGGUGCCGUGUCGUUGGAAUUUAAAAGGAAUGUGCAAAAUUUUUAGGAUAGUUUUAUUGAAUCGUACUCUUGAGAGUCGGACUGAGAUUUGUUUGAAAUGUUCCGUUUUGGUUUUUGUGGAGAGCGCGGUGCGGUAUACUUUAGUACGUGCGACGCUACGCAAUCUCUGAAUCUCAGGUCAGGCGUGAAUUGCGGUUGCGUCUUUACAUUUUACAUAGAAAUCAUCUUACGGCGAUUAGGGCCACCAUUUUUUAACCGAAACAAUGGCGUUAAUUUUAUAUUACCAUGGAAAUUGUGAAAUUGUUAUAAAAUGACAUAAAAUUUUAAACACUAUUAGGUACUUUUGUCUCUAGGAUUAUAUUAAGGCGAUUGUUGUAAAGAAAUUCCGGUUGACACUUGAUUCGCUACUAUAAAUUGUAGAAAUACUAGUUCGAUUUUCGAUUUUUAGGUAUCAUAAGUUUUUAAGCUGUCGAUCGAAUCGGCAAUUUUGAAAAUUCAUAACGACAAUUAUUGUUAAAUAACGUAGUAUGUUUGUUCGACUUUGCUCCUGGAACUGUUGCAGUUGGGUCGUUUUCUCGAAUAUUUAACUACAUUUCUAAUUCUGUUUAACCCAGUUUCUACCGAUAUAUGCAUGCCAAAUAUAGACCUUUAGCCAAGUUACACAUUAAUUAUUAUCUUUCUACAAACGCUAACGCUUAAAAUACUAAAAUAAAUAUAUUGGGAUAACGUUCAUUACCGAUAGAUCACGUGAUUAACCUUUCAAUUGGAUAUGUCAUUCCUAUAUAUAUUUUACAAGCUUUAGCAAGAAGAAAGAAAAUUACUGUGUAACUUGGCUAUGGUACAGCUCAUAAAUGUAGCACCUCUAUUACUUUUACCGACCGUUUAUAGUAUUUUUUUUUAGAAUCAUUCAUUUUAAAUAAAUAAUAAAUUAAAUUCAUUUAAAAUACAAUAAGACAUUUUUACGUUACGAAGACUUUAAACAAGUUAAAGUUUCUUUCGUGACAUAUAAAUAUUAUAUUAUAAAUCAUUGAUGGUUGAUUACAUCAGAGCUAAUAAAUAAACUGAGGCAAAUUAAAUGUAUAAUUAUAAAUUAUGCUUUCUUGUUUGUUUUUGUAUUACUUAAAAUCGAAGUGUUGUCUGUAGGGUAAAUUUAAAUCAUGUUUAAAAAAAAUAACCAGUUAUUUUUUUUUUUAAUAAUUGGCUUUUAGCCUUUGUGAAAUAAACCAGUUUAUUUAUCGUUAAACAAAUAAACCCAGUGAUAAUAGCAAAACUCUUAACUAACUAGAAAUUAAAAAAGUGGCGCCAACUUGUGACAAAUGGUGGCCCUAAUUAGAUCGUAUUUAUUUGCGCGGGAACGAUCGCGACUAACGGACUUAAAGUGAAUUGUCACAGUUACUUGUACUACGGAAAAUCAAAUGAAUGUACGAAGCAACACUCAACAUUAAAAAAAAAACUCGAUAGAUACUGUUUUUUUCACACUUAGUAUACUUGAAUGUAUCUUUAAAUCAUAGUUUUCGUUUUACAUUUAGUUAAAUGUAUUGUGAUUAAUUUAUCAUUGCCAUUUUCUUUAAAUGAUUAUUAUACAUGAUACUAAUAUAAUUAAUUAAUAAAGAAAGAUAUAUUUAUAAUUAUGUUAUUAAUAAUAUUAUAUUAUAACAAUUACAAAAAAAUGCUCUCACGCUUUACUCCUACAAUAGGUGUCGAAAUACAGGUGCUGUGAUUUUGGCUAUGUGUCAUAGUAAGAAAUGUCGAUACUUUAGGUAAAGUGAGUAAUAAACACUGUGAUUAAUUCACUUUAAAAUUAGCAUAAAUUAUAUCAUAAUAGUUGGAAAGUGCACCACGUCAGUUUUGGUCGUUGCUCGCACGCGUUUUAUCAUUUUCUCAAAUAACUAUGAUGUGAGUAGUUGAUUAAUAUAGAAAUAUUUUUGAUGUUCGAUCUGUAUCGUGAUUUGUUCGGAACGUAAUGUAUUUCGAUUUUUUCUAUUUUACGACUGUCUCAUUGCUGAUUCACUUCCGAUAAUAUGAAAUUUUGAAGCAUUUACGCACCAUAAAGUCGAUGUAGCUAUUUAAUGAAUUAGUGCGGUCGAUUACCGAUACAGUAUCAUAGUGAUGUACUAAAUUUUGUCAGUAGAAUUCCCGUAUUGUAACAUCUGUCACCAUCUGUGGUCUAUUAAUUUGAAUGUGAAUUUACCAAUAAAAAAAUUAAGAAACAAGA